AUGGAAGAGGAGGAAGUGGGAGCGCAAGAGAGCAUCCCUCACCUGGAGGACACCUGGGUCGUGGUGGACAUACUCCUAGUCCCAACGCGAGUUCUUCCAGGGGAGCCUUUCCAGUUAAAAGAGGACAAUCUUCGAGAAGUGGAGGUCCUCCUCCUAAGAGAUGUGCUCAAAGACGAAGCAGUAGUGGGGUGGGAAGAGAAGCAUGGAAGAGAAAAUUAUGGAGGUCCUCCUCGUAGAGAGCCAGUCUCUUUUCAGAGAGUUGGCUAUAUGUCACAAAGAGAUGGUGGUUAUGCUACUAGAGACAGUUAUUCACGGAGAAAUUAUCCAAGCUUCCGAGCCAGCAAGGAUUAUAUUCCGCCACGUAGAGUCUAUGCACACGGUUAUUAUGGACAUUCAAGUUCUCGGAUUGAUCAUCCCUCUAGAGGAUAUAGUGAUCGUGAUGGCUAUGGUGGAAAUCCUGAUACAGAUUAUUCUGCAUAUCGAAGUGGAAGCUCUUACAGGGAUUCAUAUGGG